AUGGAUUUUGUGGCUGGAGCCAUUGGAGGCAUCAGCGGCGUUGCUGUGGGCUACCCUCUGGACACGGUGAAGGUCAAGAUCCAGACGGAACCGAAGUACACAAGCAUCUGGCACUGUGUCCGGGACACAUAUCGCCAAGAGCGGGUGUGGGGCUUCUACAGGGGCCUCUCGCUGCCUGUGUGCACGGUGUCCCUGGUUUCAUCCGUGUCUUUUGGCACCUAUCACCACUGCCUUGCGCACAUCUGCCGGUUCCGGUACGGCAGCUCCGAGGCCAAGCCCGCCAAGGCCGACAUCACGCUCGCAGGAUAUGCCUCUGGCCUUGUCCGCGUGUUCCUGACAUCACCUACUGAGGUGGCCAAGGUCCGCCUACAGACACAGAAGCAGGCACAGCAGCGGCGACCCUCAGCCUCGUGGCCCUCAGCUGCACCCUCACUGUGUCCUGUGCCCCCAGCAAGUCUGGUGCCUGGACCCAAGUACCAUGGGCCAUUGCACUGCCUGGCCACAGUGGCCCAUGAGGAGGGGCUGCGGGGCCUCUACAAGGGCAGCUCGGCGCUGCUUCUCCGGGAUGGCCACUCCUUUGCCACCUACUUCCUCUCCUACGCCAUCCUCUGUGAGUGGCUCACCCCCACUGGCCACAGCCAGCCAGAUUUCUUGGGCGUACUGUUGGCUGGAGGCUGUGCAGGGGUCCUGGCCUGGGCCGUGGCCACUCCCAUGGACGUGAUCAAGUCCCGCCUACAGGCAGACGGGCAAGGCCAGCUGCACUACCGGGGCCUCCUGCACUGCAUGGUGACCAGUGUGCGGGAGGAGGGGCCGAGGGUCCUCUUCAAGGGGCUGGUAGUCAACUGCUGCCGUGCCUUCCCUGUCAACAUGGUGGUCUUUGUCGCCUAUGAGGCCGUGCUGAGGCUCACCCAGGGUCUGCUCAUAUAG